AGCGGCAACGAUUAGUACCGUGCCGAUAGCGGUUCCGACUAGUUGUCCCAAAGUGCCUUUGCCUAGAUACCAGACGCUAGAGAGAGAAAUGUGGUGGCGAUUCUCGCUGUUGGUGCUAGCGGCCGUGGCCGUUGCUUUGGCCGCCAAUCCCCAGCUGGAGGAGGACGAGCUGGCCGCCCUCAAGUACGUGAACGAUCUGGAGCAGGAGAUUCUGGCCCGCAACAAUGAAGCUACCGAGGCUUCCUGGGCGUAUGAAUCUAACCUGACCGAGGAUAACCUGAAGCAGCGCAACGAAAUCCAGACGCGUAACGCCAACUACUUCAAGGAAGUUGCCCGUGAACUGCGCAAGUUCAACUACAAGGACUUCAAGGAUGCCGAUCUGAAGCGUAAGAUCAAGAAGAUGACUGAUCUGGGAUACGCUGCUCUAGCGGAAGACAAGUUCACACAGCUGUUGGAUGCCAUCUCGAGCAUGUCGGAGAACUACGCCAUGGCCAAGGUGUGCGACUACAAGGAUCGUACCAAGUGCGACCUUUCGUUGGAACCUGAACUGACCGAAACUCUGGCUACCAGUCGUGAUCCGGAGGAACUGAAACACUACUGGACCCAGUGGUACGAUGCUGCUGGAGCCCCGACCCGGGAUAACUUCCUCAAGUACGUUCAGUUGAACAAGGAAGCCGCUGAAUUGAACGGUUACACUUCUGGCGCUGAAUCUUGGUUGGAUGCCUAUGAGGAUGAAUCGUUCGAGGCCCAAGUCGACGCAGCCAUCGAAGAAAUCCGUCCACUUUACGAACAGAUUCACGCCUACGUUCGUCAUCGUCUGCGCGAACGCUACGGAGAAGCCGUUGUCUCAGAGAAGGGACCCAUCCCGAUGCAUCUGCUCGGAAACAUGUGGGCUCAGACCUGGGAUAACAUCGCCGAUUUCACUACUCCCUUCCCGGAAAGCCGCCAGCUGGAUGUAACCGAAGAGAUGGUCCGACAGGGCUACAACCCAAUCCAGAUGUUCAAGAUGGGUGACGAGUUCUUCAUGUCUCUCAACAUGACCGAAUUGCCAGCCACCUUCUGGGAAAAGAGUAUCCUGGAGAAACCAACCGACGGUCGUGAAUUGGUGUGCCAUGCGUCUGCCUGGGACUUCUACCGCAAGGACGACGUCCGCAUCAAGCAGUGCACUCGCGUGAACAUGGAAGACUUUUUCACCGUACACCACGAACUUGGUCAUAUCCAGUACUACCUGCAGUACCAGCACCAACCGAGCAUGUACCGCGAAGGAGCCAACCCUGGAUUCCACGAGGCCGUUGGUGACGUUCUGUCCCUCUCCGUCUCAACCCCCAAACACUUGGAAAAAAUCGGCCUCCUCAAGGAUUACGUCAUGGACGAAGAAUCCAAGGUCAACCAAUUCUACCGCUCCGGAUUGGGCAAACUGGUGUUCCUGCCAUUCGCCUACACCAUCGACAAGUACCGCUGGGGAAUCUUCCGCGGAGACAUCCAACCCCACGAGUACAACUGCAAGUUCUGGGAAAUGCGCUCCAAGUACUCCGGAAUCGAACCGCCAGUCGUGCGUACCGAGAAGGACUUCGAUGCCCCGGCCAAGUACCACGUGUCGGCUGAUGUGGAAUACCUGCGUUACCUGGUUUCGUACAUCAUCCAGUUCCAGUUCCAUCGUUCGGCUUGCGAGUUGGCCGGCGAGUACGUCAAGGGCGAUCCGGAGAAGACUGUCAACAACUGUGAUAUCUACCAGAGUGUGAACGCCGGCAAUGCCAUCAAGGAGAUGCUGGCCAUGGGAUCUUCGAAGCCGUGGCCCGAUGCGAUGGAAGCCCUGACCGGACAGCGCAAGAUGAGUGCCGAUGCUCUGCUGGAAUACUUCCAACCACUGUACGAUUGGUUGGUGGUGGAGAACAAGCGCCUGGGAGCGUACGUUGGAUGGGAGCCGACCGAGAAAUGCAAACCGGAAUGAGAUGCACCAGUGCUUAAGGAAUCGUUUUCGUAACGAAUUCGUUGUUUUUAUUUUUGAACAAAUAAAAGCAUUUUUAACUUCA